CGCCUUCCACAUCUCCUCUCUCUCUCUCUCUCUCUCUCUCUCUCUCUCUCGCGGGGUGUUCUGAGAUCACAUAACAAUGGUGAAGGCUGUGGCCGUUCUAAGCAGCACUGCAGGAGUCAGCGGUGCUGUGUACUUUACACAAGAGGGAGAUGGUCCAACCACAGUGACUGGAUGCCUUUCUGGCCUUAAAUCCGGACUGCAUGGUUUUCAUGUCCAUGCUCUUGGUGAUACCACAAAUGGUUGCAUGUCAACUGGCCCUCAUUUCAAUCCUGGUGGCAAAGAGCAUGGUGCUCCUGAGGAUGAGAACCGUCAUGCAGGUGACCUGGGCAAUGUCACAGUUGGUGAAGAUGGCACUGCAAAUUUCACCAUUGUUGACAAACAGAUCCCUCUCACUGGGCCACAUUCCAUCAUUGGAAGGGCUGUUGUUGUCCAUGCUGACCCCGAUGAUCUCGGAAAGGGUGGGCACGAACUCAGCAAAAGUACUGGAAAUGCUGGUGGAAGGGUUGCCUGUGGUGUCAUUGGACUGCAGGGUUGAUCAGCCACUCAUGAAUUGCUGUACACUGAAAAUCGAGUAUAAUCCUUAAACUGUUAGGGAAAAUCAAGUUACAACCCAAGGCUUGGUUAAUCUAAAUAAAGAACUGCUUGGUACCUUUGAUGAUGUGGUUUGGUUUGGUAUCCUCGAGCAACUGAGUUUUCGCACUCUCCAUAAAUUCCGAGCCUUCUUGUCCACAUCUGUGUUUAAUGGAUCAAUUUUCAGGAACAAGAAAUUAGAAUAACAUUAGUGGGCGUUUUAUCGACGCA